CGUAAAAUGUAUACCAGAAAUACAUUUUACCAAGCACGGAAACGGAUUAAUUUGAAGUUUCUUCAAUUCGAGCGUGUGAUUGAUCUUGACACGACUGUUCCAUUGUCUCGUUCUCGAUACGAUAUCGCUAAUCACGAUCUGUCUCGAGCACUCCAACACAACUGCGAAGAAACUUUUCACAGAAGAACCAAGUUUUUCGCCCCUCUUCCUUAUAUAUCGAGACACAACGAAAUGUAUUACCGGUAUCCUUUUGAAGUUACCGUGACAAGACGCUUUCGACAGUGGUUAAUGAUCGAUAACGACGUUUAUCGUCGAAAAAUUUCGCCCCCACGCGUAUCGACGUGUCUCGACCCACUUCCAGUCCCAGUAAUUCGACAGGUCGGUCGUUGUUUCCUUGUCAAUCUGCGUUGAAAUGUCCAAGAAAAUACUGCUCCUGUUCUGCAUCUUCCUCGAGGACGUUCUUGCCUCUGGAAAUACCAACUACGCGAACAUCACGGAGUAUCCGUAUCAUGUGUCCAUCGAGAAAUACGGGAAACACGAAUGCAGCGGGGCUUUGGUGCACGAGUUGUGGGCCAUAACAGCGGCAUCGUGCGUUUUUGGUGCUGACCCGUCCACGGUGUCCGUGCGAGUCCGCUCAGCAGCGUUGUCCAGCGGCGGAGAUGAAUUGGAGGUGUGCAGCAUCGUUGUACACGAGGAUUUUGAUAAAUACAUUUUGCAGAACGACAUCGCACUAAUAAAGCUCAAAUUUCCUGUGCAAUUCGAAGAGAAACUGCUGCCGAUUGGAAUACCGGAAAACGUGGACUACACACUCGCCGAUGGAACGACGUGUUUCAUAACUGGUUGGAAGCACAAUCUGAGUGGACCAGUCGAAUCUCAGCUGACGGCUAUAGCUGUACCGAUCGUGAAUCAGGAUGUCUGCAGCUCGAUGAUGCCCUGCUACGAGCCGGCGCUCCAGAAAAUGCUUUGUGCCGGUAACAUGACCCUCGGCGUGGAGACGUGUCAGGGUGAUCCAGGUGCUCCACUGAUGGAAGGCCAAACGCUGAUUGGUGUUCUAUCCUAUGGAUUAGGGUGUAAAACUAUGAUACACCCGGGCGUAUAUACGCGCGUCAGCAGUUACCUGCCAUGGAUCGCAGCGAAUUCCGGCAUACGCUAUACAUGAGAUGAUAUUCGCGAAACUACAAUGUCAACAUUACCAACCUUUGUCAGAAACUUCGCGCCAGACUCAAUCCCGUCGGUCGGUGAACAGCGAGAGAACUUUCCGCGAGCGUUUCUUGUGUAACAUUAUCAAUUUGCCGAACGCCGCGAACGAUUUUAUGAAAAUAGAACGGAAACGGCAAAGGGAACUUCCAUACGUUGAGUGCGCACCAAUGAUUUUC